AUGAGCGUAGGUCGCGACAUCGUUCUCGCAGCCGUACGAGUCGUAGAUCGCGAUAUCGCUCGCGUAGUCGUUCUAAUGCCUCAACUGAUAACCGCCGGUCAAUUCGAAGUAACAGCCGUACGCGAACUCGUAAUACGUCGCGUCAUGAUAGUGUACGCCACCGUAAUCGCCACAACGAUAGGUCGCGGUCCCCGCGCAUUCAAGAUACCACGGAUUGUUACGUGUAAUACCACCGAUGGCGAGUUGAACACAUCACAAUCAAACGUGUCCAGGUGCUGCACGCCGGAGCCUCAGGCGAGUACCCAUGACACACGAACUAAAAAUUGUUUACCGAAUACCCGCACAUUUACACCACAACGAAACGAGAGAAACGUUAACCUUUGCGCGGAGAAUAAUUCUAAAAAUACGGGUGCAAGUGAUAUUGUUGUUGUUGUGGUAGAUGGCAUUCCCAUGGAUGCUAUCAUUGAUAGCGGUGCUCUUAACGUGUCACUUAUUUCCUCGGACGUGCUGAGGUACCUUGCCAGCCAACCGAAGUCUACCAACUGUGUUUUAAAGGGUAUAAGCGAAAAAGAAAUAGUAGUCAAAGCUUAUGUGACCGUUACUCUCGAGUUAAGUCAAAUUUCAAUUGAGGCGAAUCUGCUUAUAGUCCCUUCUUCGUGUAUGAACGCACCGAUUAUUGCAGGAACGGAUAUACUAAAUCGCGAUGGUAUCAUGUAUAUUCGCACUAAAGAUGAUCAAUAUUUGACGAGGUCUACUGUUUCCCCUAUUCAAAUUAACACGGUACGGUGUCUUGAGAUAAACACGCCCCUUAAGGGAGUUAUGAAUCGUUGCUUAAAAUCAUAA